GUGAGGCUGUUUAGGAGACCAACAGAAGCGCCAACAUGUCCGUGCAGCAAUACGUCACCCUGGAUGAUGGGAACAAAAUCCCAGUUAUUGGAUUUGGGACGUACGCCCCUGAAACGUACCCCAAGAGCAUGGUGGAAAAGGCCACACAGCUAGCCAUAGAAGCUGGGUACCGCCAUAUUGAUGGGGCAUACCUGUACAGCAAUGAGGCUGAGGUUGGCCGGGCCAUCCGAAAGAAGAUCAAAGAUAGGACCAUAAGGAGAGAAGACUUGUUCAUCACUGGGAAGCUCUGGAGUACGUUCCACAAACCUGAUUUGGUUCGGCGAGGUCUGGAGAAGUCUCUGAGAGCUCUUCGACUGAAUUACCUGGAUCUUUUUCUCAUUCACAUGCCUGUAGAAUUUGAGCCGAGUGAGGAUCUGAUUCCAGUGGAUGAAGAUGGGACAUAUCGGUACAACAACACAGACAUCCGAGAUACCUGGAAGGCAAUGGAGCAGUGUAAAGACGCCGGUCUGGUCAAAUCUAUUGGCGUGUCUAACUUCAAUCGCCGGCAGCUGGAGCUGAUCCUGAAUAAGUCAGAUUUGAAAUACAAGCCCGUCUGCAAUCAGGUUGAGUGUCAUAUCUACCUGAACCAAAGCAAACUGCUAAAAUUCUGUAAGUCCAAAGGUAUCGUGCUGGUGGCAUACAGUGCCCUGGGAUCUAGCCGGGAUGAGUCGUGGGGGAUUGGUAAGAAUUGGCCUGUUCUCCUUAAAGAUCCAGUCCUGAAUGAUAUAGCGGGGAGGCUCAAACGGACAGCGGCCCAGGUGGCUCUGCGGUAUCUUCUGCAGAAAGGAAUUGUCGUUCUUGCAAAGAGCUUCACGGAACAUAGGAUCACAGAGAACCUGCAGGUAACUGACUUUGAGCUGGGGGAAGAGGACAUGACAUCUCUUGACGCUCUGAAUAAAAAUCUGCGUUAUGAUAAUAUGUCUAUGUGGGAGGACCAUCCAAAAUACCCUUUUCAUGACGAAUUUUAACACAAAUCCUGGAUGGAUUGAUAAGCACUCUGUGUGCUUAAAUAUAUGAAGAUACAACUGAAAUGAUGGAGAACAAAGGAAUAUGUGUAACCAUUUACUGCUUU